UGAUAUAGGUUGGUGAUGAAAUGUGUUUAAUUCAUAUGAGCAGAAGUUUAUUAACCUUAUAAACGAUGUGAGAUCCAGCUUUAUGCUGAGGUUAUUAGUCUGACGUGUUUUCAUGUUUCACAUCUGUCACGCUUUCUCACAUCUUGUAGGUUACUUUAAGGCUUUCUGGGUUGGUUACUCACCUUCCUGUCUAAACAGACACUCUGUCAGAGUGAAGCAGAAGUUGGAUGCCACAAAUGCUGACAUGAAGCAGAGUUGGAGUAUUUUAUGUUAUCAUCAACUUGUAAGUCUAUGAAUACAAAUCAUACUAUUGACUCUUGAGCUAAAACUGAACAACAUCUCAUCAUGACUGUGUCAACACUGUGUUUGGAUUUGGUAUGUAUACUAUUUAUAGUCUCCCAAUGCCAAUGCCAAAGUAAAAUUCCACCCUUGAAAAAUGGAAGUUGUUCAGCAGGAUAUUACAAAUUACGACAUGACUGUGUGAUGUGUGGGAGCGAUUCUUACACUGCCUUACCAAAUAAUCUCAAAUAUUGUUUAAGAUGUACGCCAUGUGAUUGGGAUGGUGGGCUUUCAUCCAAAUAUAAGACUCCUGGUUUUACAGCUCAUGAAGUGGAGGAUAUCACCAAAACCUGUACACCAACACAGAACAGAGUCUGCGUUUGUAAAGCUGGGUUUUACAAGAAUAAUGGUCACUGUAAACCCUGUCCCAGCUGUCAAAACUGCACAGAAUGUUUGAACUGUAAAGAGAAUUGUACCCAACAAAUGACUAUUAAAAUGACUAUUAAAACAACUAUUAAAACCACAACAGUAGUUUGUGGGAUUGGCAAUUUCUCAGAUGGUGGACAGUGCCAAAGCUGUGUUGAGUCUAAGUGCAAGAAAGAGUCCUGUAAAUCUUUUUGUAGUCCUACCACAGUUGAAACAAAAGGAUAUUCUAACCCGCUGUUGCUGGUGUUACUGAUCAUUGUGACCAUAUUGGGUGGUCUUCUCUGUCUUCUUCUCAUCUGGUUCUGCAGACGGAGACUGCUUUGCCGCCAAGCCAAAAUCUGGCAUGUUGGCAAACAUCCAAAAUGUCAAAUUCAACCAGCAGAUCAACCUAAUGAUGUAAUCAGCAUUCCCAGAGCAAUGGAAAGAAAUGGAACCUCUAUCAAAACUUUACCAGUGACUAGCUACCCACACAACGUCCUCAGUGGAGAUUUACAGAGCAUCAUGGCCCCCCUGAUAGCAAACGGAAACCCAAAAAUGAUGCAGGUCUUGCAGAAGGAGUCCUGGCCAGCACCAGUGCUGUACACUGUCAUAAGAGAGAUUCCCGUGACACGCUGGAAGGAAUUUUUGCGACUGCUUUCUGUGUCAGAUGAUCAGAUGGAACGGAUCGAACUGGAGGCAGGCCCAUCCUAUCUGGAAAAGCAGUAUCAUAUGCUACGUCUGUGGAGCCAGAGCAGUGGAGCGAAGAUGGAGAAUAUCUACUCAACAUUACACUACAUGAACCUGUCAGGCUGUGCCCAGGAACUGCAAGAGAAGCUAGAACAACUGCAAGCAAGCAUGAAAGCUCACUCAUCUUGACUCCAUCUCCUCAUGUGUGUGAGCUGCAGUUGCAUUUCACAAUCAUUUACAGUUAACUCUGAACAGCAGAUGCUCUUGUCUUCUGAACUUUUAACAGGAAACCCGCAGUCAUAGUUAAAAAAUUGUUUUAUUUAAGUAUAAUGUAAAAUAAAUGCAGGUCAUUAUGCAUAUCAUAGGUGCUUUGUAAUAACUGUUUAUAAUCCUUGUUCUUGGUUAUAUGAAUCAGCCUUUUGUCACUAUACUGUACAAAUCUGGAUUUUCAAAGAAUUGUUGACCAAUUCAAAGUUUGAACUUAAAUGUUUAAAUGUUACCAUCCAUCAACUUAAAGAGGUAUCUAGUGGUUUUCAGGAUAAACGUAGCUGCUUAUUUGUUUCACGCUAAAGGUUAUUUUAAGUUCUCAGUCAUAUUGUACAUGGGCACGUUUGAAAUAUUACUUUACACUCACUGUGUACACUUGUCACACCAGUAUAUAUUUGUUACUUUUCUUAAUAAAAAUGUCUGGAAUAUGUAUG